CUUGUUGUGGAUUGGAGUUCAAGCUUUUCUAAAGAUAUGUGGCUAUCUCUUCCUUACCUUUAUUUUGACGGAGAAGCCGUCGCUUGGUUUAAUUGGUUGUCUCGCAAUAAGCAGUUGUAUGACUGGAACCACUUCACAGAUAAAUUGGCUUGCCAUUACCGCGGACAAACUGUUACGGAACUUGGAUUGGCUCCCGUUACUGAUUUAUUGCUACAAAUGGAUGAGAAUCUCGCUUGUAUGCGAUAGCAUUCAGAAUACUCUAUCGGCUUGCUCCCACAAGUUCUCUAACGCUCAAGCACGUCCAGAUUUGACUGCUUCUGUGGUCGAUAAGUGUGACAUAGAAGAUGUCGCUGAACAGGGAAUUAUUUCUGCUUUGAACGAGGACAACUUAAACACUACAGAGAAUUCAGAGGUCCCUCAUAUGAUGUUAAAACCUCAUCUGGCAAAUUCAAAGGUACUUCCUGAGCUGUUAAAUUCAACGGGUAGUUCUUCAACCUCUAUUCCUUUUCGAGACUUUGGGUCCCAUGUUGGACUCCAAAAAUGACUUGAAGGACGACCCAAUAAGCUAUGCCUGCAAGGUGUUUGCUGAAAUGCCCGAUAAGAAAACUGACAUGGAAGUCAAACAUCCAGUGAUAAAAUGAUUUAGCAAAUCCCGCAUCCCAUAUGUUUGAUGAAAUGUUUCAAACAGUUUCUGAAGUUAAGGGAGAGCACAGUGACCUAUCAGGUUUGGUAAUAAUAGCCUUGCAUUACCUUGUUUGCUUUCGGCUUGUAGUCUCGCCCACCUUAUGGGAAGAUGGAUAUUUGAUCAUUUCAGAGAAUUCGAUCAUGCUAAACUCCCAUUAUCGUUGUAUCGAUUUCCACCUGAUCGAUUCGGGUUUAAAUUUCCAUUUGAUCCUGGUUCUAGUUUGCUUACCAUAUUUCUUGGUACUGCAAGAUAUUAUUCACUCAUGGUUAUGAAUGAUUUCAAGGAAAUCAUUAGAAUAUUCCCAUGUCAUAUCGACUCCACGUCCAAUGCUCAAUGUAUUUUACCUCAAUUCCCAUUUGAUCCCGGUGUGAAUCUAUUCAUUACAAUCACUGGUGGAUCCCUCCAAGUUUCUACAUUGCAACCUGAGGCAUCUAAUUGGGAUCCCAAAAUAUGUUCCAAGUCCACUGCUCGAAUAGAGUUGACAGCAAGGGCGAGUGUAUUUCCUUGGAGAAAGACACUCAUUGUUUUGCUCUUUGCAUUGAUUGGGUGUUUGACAUAUCUCUUCGUAGGGAUAAAACCAGCUUUCUGGUUCCUAUAGCUAACAAGGAGUACAUGGUAACAAAGGACUAUAUUGCACCAAAAGGGCAUACAAAGUUGCUAGUGAGUUUAUAUCACAUCUCUGCAAUGUUGAGAUUGUGUUCUUUGAGUCACUUUAUCUCCUAAAAUCUGAAGGUUGGCGCCUCCCUGCUUUAAGUAGAAUUUGGAGCACUGUAAUGCUCAUUGGUAAAGUUAUAAGAAAGUUGCCUACUCUUGCUUCCAACCUGUUGUUGUUAGUUGGUAUAACGUCCCUCAUAGCUCCAAUCAGAAUCGUCACGAUGAUAUCAAUUUUGUACUACUCAAACCUUGAGGACAAUGUUCUUAUUGGAGCCGUAGGUAUUGUUAUGAAUGGGCCUAGGCCACUAUUGGCAAAGCAACCCAACACCGGAUUAAGUGUCUAUGUGUGGGAUCUGGGUUGAUAAAUAGGGACUUAUGAGAGCAAAAUAGAGGGAUAUGCAGAUUGUGAUUAUGCUUAGGCAAAGACUCUGCUUCUCAUCCCCAAUUCUCUCUUAGUUCCCUCAUCUCCUUCUCCUUUAUCUUACUGUUACUAUCGUGUUCUUCAUAUUGUAAUUGCUCCCUUACGUAUGAAUCAAAGCAUAUUAGUUUGUUAUCUCUGUUGUUUAUAGUUGAGUUGAGAAAAUCACAAUAUUCACAUUUUUAUUUAUAUCACAUAGUUGAACGGCAUUUUUGAUAUUUUUUCAAAAAAAUAUAGAGUAUAGAAAUAACUAGUAUUGAAAAUGGUACACGUUAAUUAUAGGGGUAAAAUAAAUUUCUUUUAAUUAAAAUCAGGUGAUCAAGUAAUAUGAGAUAAUUAUUUUUAAUAAAAUAUUUGGGACAGGAAGUAUAUUUAUACAUGAUUAAUUUUCUUUUUUCUGGCAGGUCUAAAUAUCCACUCAAUAUUAGGAAAUUGCGGCGGCCACUGAACAUAAAUAAAUCAGUCAAAGAGAAUUUUAUUUUAGACCCAAAUCCGGCAAUUCAGCUCUGCUCAAAACUUCCGGCGGACGGCGAUGUAUUCGUUUCUUGGUUUUCCGGCUUGGAUUCAUGGGGCUAUACAGAUCAUUCAACUGAAAUUCUUCUCAUGGAAUGCUUUAAUUUUCACUCCAAUUUCUACAACAACUGAUGAUUCGAUACUCCCAAAUGAAAUCAUAACAGAUAUUCUCUUAAGGCUUCCCAACAAAUCUCUCUUGAAAUGUACCUGCGUUUCGAAAUCAUGGCAUCAACUAAUCUCUAGCCCUCAUUUUGUGAACACCCAUCUCAAAUUAAACAGAAAUUAUCAUAGAGUUCUAUUUCCAGGCAUUAAUGGAGCAUUCAAGUUUUUUUCUAUCAAUCCCCUCUUUAACAAACAACAACAACAAGUCACUGUUCACAUGUAUCCUCCCACUUCAUCCGCUUUCGUUGUGGGUUCUGCGAAUGGGCUGAUUUGUCUGUGCAAUCACGCAGGGGAGACGUAUAUAUGGAAUCCUACCAUUAGGAAGUCGAAGGAAUUACUUAAUUCGAAAUGGGGUACCUCUUUCUAUACCAAAUAUGGUUUUGGAUACGAUGACUUGUGUGAUGAUUAUAAAGCUGUAUUUGUUGAUUAUUGUCGUAGUUCUUAUCAUGAUGAUGAUAUGUCCAACAUGAGGACUCUGGUCAAUGUUUACAGUUUGAGGACUGAUUCAUGGACAACAUUACAUGACCAGCUUCAGGGCAUCUAUCUAGUAAAUCUUUAUGCUAAAUUUGUUCACGGGAAGCUUUAUUGGGUUGCAUCUAGUGGUAUUCGUGAUCACAAUGUGCGCAACAUCAUUUCUUAUGAUGUAGCAGACGAGAAAUGGGGUAGCUUGGAGCUUCCCAUUUGUGGAGAAGUCAAUUCUAAUUUCAAAUUGGGAGUUGUGGGAAGUGACCUUUCUCUACUUUAUACUUGUCGUCUAGGUGAUACUACUUCUGAUGUCUGGAUAUUGAAGGAUUGCAGAGUUUGGACAAAAUUGUUCACCAUUGAAUAUCCUCAAAAUGCUGGGCUAUAUAUUUUUUCUCCACCCAUUUUAACAUUCUCUAUGCAUCUUCGACGGUCAAACAAGGGUGACAUUUUACUCUCACAUCCGGGAUUUAUCAUGAUAUUUGAUGGUUCAACCAAAAGACUAGAGCACACUAUUAAUGUUGAGGGAUGUAAUCCUCCAGAAAUAUACGCAGAAAGCAUUGUUAAUCCCCUGAUGAUAUCUGGUCAUUGUACUUCAAAGGACAAUCCACAAUAGCAGAAACUACAUAGAGUUUGUGGGAAUUGUUCUCAGCAAGCGGUCGAGUAAUAUAUGAAUACUUAUUUUCAUCACUAGUCUUUUAAGCAGGAAUUUUGUUGGCAAGUGGUGGCCUCGUAGAUGCAGCAUCUUCCUCAAUUUGUUAUCUCAAAUAUUGUUGCUGAACCUGUUCGGCAAUUUUAGACUCAACAUGCUGCUGAGCAAGUUCUCUCUGUACAAGAAGUUGUGAUUCUAGUUCUUUUAUAAGGUGUUGGACAAGGAUUGUUCCAUAUUUCUGAAUGUUUCAAGUUAAUUGUGGAGUUUCGCUGUUGUUGAGUGCAAUAGUAUGUUAUGUACAUUUGGAAAAGUGACUAUUUUAU